AUGGUGCUCCUCUCCCAGUACCUGUUGCGCACCCACGGGUCCCAGUCGUUGGAGCCCGUCCAGACGCUGUCCUCAUCCGACUUGGGCAUCUCGUCAGCCUCGUUGAUGGCGACAUUCUUGCGCGUGAUGCUGUCGAGCAAAGCCUUGUUAUCGGCGACAGUCCGGCCCAUAUCAAUGCUGUCGUACGGCGUGUCGUCGGGCUUGGUCGGUGGGCGCCAGCACCUCGGUCCAGGGACAGCUUCAUCGUGCCGAGGCGGGCCCAAUGGCCACACCGCCCACCACCGCAUCUCUAGGGAUCUCGUUGACGCGGCCUGCGAUUGGCAGUUUACCACUCUAUCACAACGCAAGCUUUGCCUGUUUCCGAAGCCCAGAGUUCUAACAAAGAAUUACAUCCCGUAG